AUGUCCGAAGAAGAUAAAAGAUUUGUUGAAAGCACAUCAGCUACCGAAGCUACUCAAACAGCAAUCGAGAACGAUGGUGAAUAUAUUGACUUGAAUGAGGGAGAAGAGGUUGUUCUUGAUGAUGAUGAUGAUAAUAAUGGAAAGGAGCCAAUUGAAGAUGAAGAAGACGACAUGGAUGAAGAUCUUGAUGUGGAUGUCGAGGAGCAAGAUAUUACAGGCUCACACAACGGCGAGCAAGAAACUUUAGAAAUUGACAUGUCAAACAAUUCAUGGACCUAUUUCGAUAAUCACGAGGAUAGUGUAUUCACUGUUUUUGCACAUCCAAAAUUACCAAUGGUUUGCACUGGUGGUGGUGACAAUAAGGGUUAUUUGUGGACUACUCAUUCCCAGCCUCCAAAACUUGUUACUGAGAUUACGGGCCACGAGGAAAGUAUCAUCUCGGGAGGUUUCACUAGUGAUGGAAAAUUCUUGAUUACUGCAGAUAUGAAUGGAUUGUUGCAAGUGUUUAAGGCUAGUAAAGGAGGCGAGAAGUGGACAAAGUUUGGCGAGUUGAACGAAGUUGAUGAAAUUUUAUUUGUUACAGUACAUCCAACGUUACCAUAUUUUGCAUUUGGUGCAAACGAUGGUUCCAUAUGGGUUUACCAAAUAGAUGACGCAGCAAAACUGUUGACUCAAAUCAUGUCUGGAUUCUCACAUACUUUGGAAUGUAAUGGUGCUGUUUUUAUACCCGGAAAGGACGAGAACGAUUUGACAUUGGUGUCCAUAUCGGAAGAUGGAACUGUUGUUAACUGGAACUGUUUCACCAAUGCCGUUAACUACAAGUUACAACCACACGAUGAUUUUAAAGGUAUCGAGAGUCCGUGGGUGACUGUGAAGAAUUAUGGUAAUUUGAUUGCUAUUGGUGGAAGAGACGGACAGCUAUCCAUCAUCAAUAACGACACAGGAAAAAUUGUGUCGAGCAUAAAGACCCUCGAUAAUGUCGAUGAUGUGGCCGAAUUAUCCAUAGAAGCAUUGAGCUGGUGUCAAAGUAAAAACAUCAAUUUGCUAGCAGUGGGGUUGGUCUCUGGAGAUGUGUUAUUAUUCGAUACCCAACAAUGGCGUUUGAGAAAGAAUAUCAAGGUUGAUGAUGCAAUUACAAAGCUACAGUUUGUUGAAGAGACACCAAUCUUGGUUGGUUCUUCGAUGAAUGGAAAAAUUUACAAAUGGGACGCAAGAACCGGUGCAGAAUUAUAUGCUGGCGUGGGACACAACAUGGGAGUUUUGGAUUUUGCAAUCUUGGAACAUGGCAAGAAGUUGGUUACUGCUGGUGACGAAGGUGUUUCCUUAAUUUUUGUAUCUGAAUAG